AUGGAAAUUGGAAAUGAAGAAACACUGGUCACAAUCAUAAACUCGAUAACUAUUUUAUUGACGGUUCUUCCGCCUUUGGUUGGUGUUGGAAUGGGGGUAGGAUUGGCAACUGAAGGAAUAUGCAAAACAGUCGACAUAGACCUAGACCUAACCUUCUCAAUUAUGCCGAUGGCCUUCACAUCAGCACCUGCAAUAUACUCUCUGCUCUUGUUCUUUUACAUGAUCACAAAGUCGCCCGUAACACUUCUAGGUGCUGUCAAGUGCUUUGGGGGUGCAGCCAUCCAAGGGCUAGCAUGUGGAUUCUGCGGAUAUACAAUGGGUGGAAUAGCAAAAGAUGCAGCUGUGGCAAGGGCUAAACAGAAGAAAUUUACAUCGAGUUAUUUUCUAUUACUAAUUUUUGGAGAAUUGAUAGGAUUAUUAGCUCUAGUACUGGGAAUGUUGAUUUUAUCGGGCGCUGAGUAA